AUGGAUGAAAUUUGUAAUGUAUUAAAGGAAUAUACAGAACUUGAAAGUAAUAACAUAAUUGAUUUAUUUAAAGAAUACAGCGCAAACACUAAAGAUAAAACAGAGGUUCACUCAAAACUUAAAAAUAUAAAAUGUACUAAACUAAUGCCAUUUGAUUCUAACGGUUUAUACGCUUCAGCGAUGUCGUAUUUAGAGUGUGAAUAUCCUAAAGCGGAAAGUGGUAGACCAUUUUUACCAGAAGAAGACUCUUGUAAUUCCUUGUAUGGUAAAUCUAUUCAGAAGGAUAUAACUACAUCGAAACAUCUAUGGAGUGAAGCAACUUUAAAAGCCAAAUUCGAUUCACAUGCCAAAAACUAUGAAAAAAUGAAUGAGACUCAAUACAUCGUUGAGAUAGAAGAAGAAGAAAAAGAAAUAUCUGAAACUAAAUCUACUACACGACUAACCCCUAGUCAUUUGGGAUCAUUCGUAUUAUCUCACAGUAAAAAAAUAAUGAAUAAUUUUAUUCAUGUAAUAGAUGGAUUUUAUAGACCGGAAAUAUACUAUACCGAUACUGAUAGUUUAUACAUUUCAUCUAGCAAUUGGGAAAAAUUAAAUGAAGCUGGAUUAGUUUCUGAAAAUGAAUAUUGUAAAGGAAAGAAUGAUUACGGCGAUGGUGGAAUCAUAUUUGGUUUAUAUUUAGCACCAAAAGUUAAAUACAAUAUUAUUAUAACUUCUGGUGGUGUUUUAAAAGAAAAGAAAACAUUUAAAGGUUAUUCUAAUGAUAAGAUAACUGUAGACGAUUACAUUCGGUUGGCUAGUGGACAUGAUAUAUCAAAUAAAUUUAAGGAAAAAUGGAAAAAAAGUUUCAUAAAUGGAGUAAUUAUUCCAAAGGAUGAUGAUCAACAAAAAAAAGUUUUUAGAAGUUAUUUGAAUCUUGUAAAGAGAAAGCCACCAAAUAGUGAAGGAAUCAUGUAUCCUUAUAGUAAUAAAGAUGAGUAUAGUUUGGAUGAAAACUAUGAAUUUGAUGAUUUUGAUUACCUUACUAUUCAAGAAGAGAAUGAAGAGUGUUUAAUUACUCAAUAA